AUGCGGACAUAUCCUGUGUUAGGAAACUGGUUUCCUACAACUGCGCCUUACAUCUUAAGUUAUAGUAGUUAAAAAAUCAGUCAAAUAUCGAUUUGUUUCAACCGUUACAGUUACGUCACGUAAAAUGUUCAGGAAUAAUUAUCAGGGUGGAGCUGUGGUUGAGGUCUUUAGCGGACAAGGAAAAGACCCUGUAGCAAAAUGGAAACUUUGCGGAGGUCCGUCUGCCAUACAUAAGGAGUACAAUAAAGAAGUCAAAGGGUUUGUUUACUGUCUGGAGGGCAGCAGCCAGACAGUCAAGAUGCAAAUGCCAGAGAAUGGGAAGAUGUCUCUUGGACUUCUCCAAAGAUUCUUGGUCCUUCAAGUGAAUAUUCCGCAGUGCAAAGAUUUUUCUGUUGAGCUUGCGAUAACUGAUUUAGAGCACCUAAAAAGAAGACUUCACUUAUCAACAGUACAUAAAGAGUUAUCUGCAACACACUUGCAUGCAAAGAUACCUUUUGUAGGACUGAAACGCAAUAUUUGGUCUACUUUGUGCAUCGACCUUGUAUCAUUCACCGGUGAGCUGCUCAAGGGUUUUUUGACGCUGGAUGGCAUCACUUUGUUUGCAACUUGUCAAGUUCGUAGAAUCUUCACCAUGAAAACGGAGCCAACUGGAAGGUCAAGUGAAGAUAUGUUACUCAGUGGAGCUGAUCUCAUGGACUUGAUCCCUCGCAGCUGCCAGUUCCCACCAGAUGUAAACCACGUCACACAGGUGUUGAACAUGGACAAUUUGCGGAAGGCAGAUGUAAGGGAUGGACUGUUGAGCUCUGACUGUGUUCCUGAUCAGUCUACCACUGCCAGAUCAGGCAGUUAUCGACGCACCAAGCCCCAGGGUGUUUUACACACAGCCUCAGGCUCCAGGGUUUCAGGGCCACCCCCUCAAAGUGCAAGAAAAAGCAGUGCAGCCUCAGAUGGAGUGGAUAAAAGUGCACUCUUUAUCUCAAAUGUGAGAUCCCCGUCCAGCAGAAUGAAGCAAGAAGUUGCCGCAGAAAGUGAGAGUAUUGCCAAGCGGACACUUGGCAGUUUACAGCCCCAUCCCCCCAAAGACAGAGACAAGCCGGGAUCUAUGAAGCCACGGGUACAUAGUGCAGGAAGAGAGAGGCUUGCGUUGUCAGCCUCUUCCGAUGCCGUACAUGAUGGCCGCAGAAAGAGAAGCGAAACCAGGCAGAAGUGCACCCCUCCACCCAGUAGGCAAGAGAGCAAGCAACAACCUCUGACCCUAACAGAAAAGACAAAGCACCUAACAGCAGAUGAGUGCAGCUGCACUCCUGCCAAGGAAAGUUCAGGAGCUGCCCCCACACCAGCAGAGUCUCUCCCCUCCUCGAUCUGCCCAGGUUUGUCUUGUGACCUGCAGGUCUGGAGCAGCUGGGAGAAUGAUGAGGGGUCCGAGCCCCAGCUCAGUCUGCAAGAGGAGGUGUUCACUUUCUCAUCCCAGCCACACUCACCCAAACGAGGGCAAGGCCAGGGUGACCAGGAGAAGAUGGAGAUGGGAGAUGAUCUGGUUCAGAGCAAACGUGGGAGGCGGUAUGAGGCCCAGCCUGAGGAUGACUUUAUCGGCAGCGAAAGUGAUGAGGAUAAGAGCUACACCAUGUUCAACCAUGCUACUCCAAGAUCUCCCAGUCCAACUUUAGAUGUGCAACGUGAUGUUCAUACUGACUCUCAUAACAUGGACCAAACAACACCAAAAGAGCUCAGUCCAGAUAGCACCCGUAUGCAGUCUCCAUCCAGUGGGAGGGCUGAACCAGCUGGAAUCGGCCCCACACGUUGCCUCUCACCCAGUGCGACACCCCGCAGACAGGAACACAAGUGUGGCCCACUUGGAUUAGAGGUAGUAAACCAUGUUAUGGAUGAAAACAGCAGUGUAUCAUUUUCAAGAAGACUCCUGCAAGAAGUAAAAUUGGAUUACUCCAUGCAGCACAAGGAAGAAGACUGCCAUUACAGCUCACGCCUGCUUAGCAGUCUACGAGUGCACGGGGGUGAUGACGACGAGCUUCAAAUGCUGGCCAGUUUAAAAAGGGAGCAGGAGGAGGAUGAGUGUAGAGCCUCGGGCCUCAGUGCAUCUCAGAUCCACCACUGUAAUGUGAGCAUCAGCAUGAGCAGUGACGACGCCUCUACCUGGACCCACAUCUCCAUGCCAGCUAAUCAGGGUCACCACUAUCAAAAGGAAAUGAACCCCCUCCUGCAAUCAAACCCCAGGGAGUGGAUGGACGUGCUCAGCCCUCCCAUUAUACCUCUCGGCUCGCGGAGAAGGUCAGGCAACACAGGGAACAAUUUGGAGGAUCUAAUCGGAGAUGAUCUUCCAUUAUUGCAGGACGGGAUGAGUCUGUGAAUGGAGAGGAGAAGGAGGAGGACGAGUAUUUGAAUCUGCUCUAUGAUCCCUGCCUGAAAUGCUAUUUCGAUCCAAAGACGGGGAAGUACUAUGAACUAGCUUGACUCACAGCUGAAGAGAAUCGAGAUUAAUAAAUCACAAGUUAUUGAUGGCGGAUGAAUGGCUUCAUCAAUUUUGAUUUUAAAGCCUAGCUUAUUGAUCAGUAAUGAAUACGGCAUUCACAAAAAUCCUUCCACGUUGCUGCUUUUGUUUUUGUGAACUUAACAGCAGCUUUGUGUCCCCAUAAAUAUGCAUGCUAGUGUGUAAGGGAGUGGGAAUCAAUAAAUAGCACAUGCUUUUUUGGAACAAAUUGAGUAGUUGCCCAUUGAGUAGCACAUCUGAUGGUAGAAAGAGUCUUUUUUUUUUUUUUUUUUUGAAGUCUUGGCUACCAAAUUCAUAUGUAAGCCUUAUGAAAGAACAUCCUGCAGCUCCUUUUUACCAAAAAAAAUUCCGGCAUUUCAGUUUUCCUGGAUUAGUAUUACAGUAUAGGUAAUUUUGUUCUUUAUUUAUUAUACUUUGUGGAAAAAAAAGAAUGGAUAUAUGUUUAUUUGUGUAUAUAUUGUUUGAAUAAAAUAUGAAUUGAAAUGAU